AUAAAACUCAAAACCCUAACUGUAAAUUUUCCCCCAAUUUACAUUAUUCUACCCAACAAAACUGAAAUUCCGUAUGAUAUGAACAAGUCGAACAUCCUCUCUUUCUGAAUUAAUCGACGUAUAAAUCUGAAUUUUGCAAUAAAGUUUUGAAAUUUGAAGAUGAGCAUAGUGCCGAAAGAAACAAUCGAGGUGAUAGCGCAGAGCAUAGGCAUCACCAAUUUAUCCCCCGAUGUUUUGCCUGCUUUAGCUGCCGAUGUUGAGUACCGCAUUCGCGAAAUCAUGCAGGAAGCUAUCAAAUGCAUGCGGCAUUCGCGGAGAACUACUUUAACUACAGAUGAUGUAGAUAGCGCGCUUGGCUUAAGAAACGUUGAGCCAAUAUAUGGAUUUGCAUCGGGAGAUCCACUGAGAUUCAAAAGAGCUGCUGGGCACAAGGAUUUGUUUUAUAUUGAGGAAAAAGAUGUGGAAUUCAAGGAGGUAAUUGAAGCUCCUCUACCUAAGGCCCCGUUAGAUACAGCAGUAGUUACGCACUGGUUAGCUAUUGAAGGAGUUCAGCCCGCUAUUCCAGAAAAUCCUCCGCCUGAAGCUCUCCAGAUGCUUUCACUGCCUUCUGAUAACAGAAAGACUGAAGUCAAAGAGGAUGGAGUACCCGUGGACAUUAAAUUACCUAUUAAGCAUGUACUUUCGCGGGAACUUCAGCUUUACUUUGAGAAAAUCACCGAGUUGACUGUUAGUAGAUCCGAGUCCGGUCUGUUUAAAGCAGCAUUAUCAAGCUUGGCAACUGACUCAGGAAUUCAUCCCUUAGUCCCAUACUUUACGUUUUUUGUAGCUGAUGAGGUUUCUCGGAAUCUGAAUAAUUAUUCUCUCCUUUACGCUUUGAUGCGACUUGUGUGGAGCCUUCUUCAGAAUCCACAUAUACACAUUGAGCCAUAUCUGCACCAACUAAUGCCCUCGGUGAUGACGUGCCUUGUUGCUAAGAGACUAGGAAAUAAAUUAUCUGACAACCACUGGUAUCUUAGAAAUUUCACGGCUAAUCUGGUUGCUUCAAUAUGCAAGAGAUUCGGACAUGUUUAUCAUAAUCUCCAACCACGUGUGACCAAGACAUUGUUGCACGCUUUCUUGGACCCAUCGAAAGCUCUUCCUCAACAUUAUGGUGCUAUUCAAGGGCUAGCCUCCCUUGGCCCUAAUGUGGUUCGUAUGCUUGUGCUUCCCAAUCUCGAGCCUUAUUUGCAGCUUCUGGAGCCAGAAAUGCAACUAGAGACGCAAAAGAAUGAGAUGAAGAGGCAUGAAGCCUGGAUUGUAUAUGGAGCUUUAAUGCGUGCAGUCGGUAUGUGCAUGUAUGAUCGGCUGAAGAUGCUACCUUCUCUACCAUCUCCGCCACCACGUGCUGUUUGGAAGAGUAACGCCAAAGUAGUGACUACAGUUUCAAACAAACGUAAAGCAAGCAUGGAUAACAUGACGAACCAGCCACCGCUGAAGAAGUUAGCAACAGACAGUUCCAUGGGUGGAACAACACCUCCAAAUAUUGGGGCAGUGGACCCUAAUUUGCAAUCGUCAACGAAUAACAACAUGCCUGGUUCGAGCGGCAGAAAAGAAAUCCUCGGUGGUCAAAGAUUAUUGAAGACACCAGCAGCUCUCGAUCAGGCAUGGAAGGACGAUGUAGAUCCUCGAAGAGUUCUGCCUUUGUUGCGCAAAUGUUUCGGUGAUAGCAUGUUGCCUUUCUUCCCUACACCCGAGGCUUCUUUAUUCUUGUGAUAUAUUUUAACCACAAAUGUGUAACCAAAUAUUAGUACCCAGGUUUUGAGGAUUACAAUCAACUCAAAUAUGACGAGCCUGUUAUUGUGUGACAUCUGGCAUUGUUUAAAUUAAGGACUUGAGUAUGA